AUGACUAGUUCUGAAGAUAUUCAACAGGACAACCAUAAACAUACAAAUCUGAAAGAAAAACCAAAGUAUUACUCCAAAAAUUUAAUUUCAAGCGAAAUGAUAACAUUUGAAAAACUAGUGAUGAGAGAUAUAAACAAAAUUAAAAAAACAAAUACAUAUCAACAGAAUCUCACUAGGAAAGAAUGUAUGGCCCUAAAGAAAUUCCAGAAAGAUAAAUCAAUAAUAAUUAAACCUGCGGAUAAGGGGGGAGGUGUAGUCCUUAUGACGUUAGAUGACUAUAAUAAAGAAUCACAUAGAUUAUUGGAGGACACUAACACCUAUAUAAAACUACGAGCAGAUCCCACUAAAGAUUUGAAGGAGAAAUGUCAUAAUUAUCUAAAUGAAGGAUACAAAAAUGGGAUUUUAAAUCAAAAAGAGUUCAAUUACUUAAAAAUUGAUUUUCCAAAAAUUCCGGUAUUAUACCACCUCCCCAAAGUCCACAAGAAUCCCACUCAACCUCCAGGAAGACCCAUAGUUUCGGGCAUUGGAUCUAUAUCCUGCAGACUAUCUGAGUACAUAGACCAAUGUCUGCAACCAAUUGUUCGACAAAUACCCAGCUACUUAAAAGACACUGGAGAUAUAUUAAGGCACAUAGACAAAUUGGUGUGGAGUGAGAAUUAUUUCUUGACCACUGCUGACUAUUACAGACAUUUCUUGGCCCUUGUUUUUGCCAUUGAUGAGAUAAACAGAAAUCCCAAUAUACUACCUAACCUAACUCUAGGAUACCAUAUGUUUGAUUCUUGCUGUGAUGUAAAUACAGCCAUAGACGGCGUAAUAAGGAUAUUAUCUGGAUCUAGAAAAGUAAUUCCUAACUACUCUUGCAGGAAACAUGGCAAACUAGUUGGCUUUAUCGGAGAUCUGUCCUCGGACUCUUCUGUGUCUGUAGCUCAUGUUCUUGGAGUCCAUAGCUAUUUACAGAUUAGCUAUGGAACCACCAGCCCUCUUUUAAGUGAAAAAAAUCCAUAUCCAUCAUUUUUUCGUACAGUUCAAGAUGAUAAAAUUCAAUUUGUGGCAAUUUCAAACUUGCUGAUACACUUAGGCUGGAAUUGGGUUGGAAUUAUUACGUCUCCCGAUGACAGUGGAAAGACGGAGGGACACGAGCUGGUAAAGGAAAUGACAAAGCAUAAAAUCUGCAUUGAAUUCACGAUUACACUAAAAACUGAACAAAAAAUACAUGACAUUGUUUCUUACAGUGAAUUCAAUGAAAUCCUUUACCAUUCCACAUCCCAAGUAUUCAUCAUUUGUGGCACAGUUCCAGUGCAGUUUUUUUGGGGGUUUGGGGAUGGUGAUCCCUUCUUUAACAAAACUCUGAUCUUUUCCUCGUCAUGGAUAUUCAGUGCCGACCUUGGAAAGAUGCCGAUACCUGCCCUUAAUGGGAGUUUGCAUGUUACUAUUCCCAGAAGACACAUUCCAGGACUGCAAAAAUUCCUUCGAACUAUCCACCCUUCUAACCGCCCAGAUGACAGCUUCCUAGAAGAUAUAUGGGUGCAAUUUUUUGAAUGUUUAUCUCCAAACCAGUUUAAGAAUGAACUAUUUGUAGAACUUUAUGACGUUGAAUUUUUGAAUUGUAAAGGGAAUGAAACAAUUACAGACAUUAGUAAUGUUGUGUAUGACACAAAAUUGCAUCACUACAUCAGAAGAGUUAACUUUAUAGACCCCAUCGGAGAGAAGAUAUAUUUCAAUGAGAAAGGAGUGAUACCGACACAGUACCACAUUGUCAAUCAAGUUGUUUUGGAAAAUGGGACCUUUUUGAGGAAACUUGUUGGUCACUUCACCAUGUUGGAGCCUGAUGGAAAGAAACUCAUUAUCAACACAAAAGACACAAUAUGGAAAGGGAGCACAAAUGCGAUUCCACAAUCACAGUGUUCAGAUAACUGUAUACCUGGCUUUCGAAGAGUUUUACGUAUAGGGAAGCCGGCUUGCUGUUACAACUGUGUACGGUGCUCAGAGGGUGAAAUUUCCACUGAAACAGAUGUUGAUAUAUGUCAGAGGUGUCCAGAAACCCAGUGGCCUAAUGAAAGAGGUGACAAGUGUCAACCAAAAACAUUUGAAUUUCUGUCUUAUGAAACGGAUCUUAUUGCUUCAAUAUUCUCUUUUUUCGCCAUAUUAUUUUCGGUUUUAACCGCCGUAGUGUUGGUGAUAUUUAUUGUGUUCAGGGACACUCCUAUUGUCAGGGCAAAUAAUCGUAACUUGAGCUUUGUUCUUCUGAUCUCUCUGUGCCUGAGCUUCCUCUGUGUUUUCUUUUUCAUUGGUCGCCCCGUGGACGCAACCUGCAUGCUGCGCCAUGCGUCUUUUGGAAUCAUCUUCACCGUGGCUGUAUCUUCAGUAUUGGCCAAAACAAUCAUUGUCGGCAUUGCCUUUAAAGCUACCAAGCCAGGAAACAAGUGGAAUAAAUUAACUGGGCUAAAAAUAGCAAACAACAUUUUUAUUUCCUGUUUUUUAAUUCAAGUUUUAAUUUGUGUCAGUUGGCUGGUUAUUUCUCCUCCAUUCCAAGAUUUAAACAUGAAUUCACUACCUGGAAAGAUCAUCGUAAAAUGCAACGAGGGCUCUUCACUUGCUUUUUAUUGUGUCAUUGGAUAUAUAGGGCUUUUGGCAGCAAUGAGUUUUAUUGUUGCUUAUCUGGUAAGGACUUUGCCCAAUAGCUUCAAUGAAGGAAAACACAUUACUUUUAGCAUGCUGGUGUUCUGCUGUGUCUGGGCCUGUGUUAUUCCAGCCUAUCUAAGCACUCAAGGAAAGGACAUGGUAUCAACGGAAAUAUUUGCCAUUCUUGCUUCAUCUGCUGGACUUCUGAUGUGUAUAUUUUUUCCAAAAUGUUACAUUAUUUUGCUAAAACCUCAUAGGAACACAAAAAGACACUUGCUUGGAAAUUUUAGGAGAUAA